AUGCUAUGGGUUGGAAGUGUUUUAAUACUUCGACAUGUUUCAUACGAUCAACCAACAAUCGAAUUUACUGCCAAGGUCAAAGUUGCUUACGAUUGGGAAAUUCUAUAUGAGAAUCUAUUCGAUAUGCGAGUUUAUCGAAUAAAUCUUAAUAUUGAAUUACCUAAAGGCAAUGAUGAUGAAAAAAUUUGUUGGACAAUCGAUUGGGGUGAUUAUUCAACAAAUGGAUUCUUUCAUAUUGCUCAAUAUGAUCAAAAAUGGCGUGGUGGAUUUUUUUCCUGUAAUGGCUUUGAUGCUACUGUUACGAAAGAAGUUGCAUUAGGGUUAACUUAUAAUUCUGUUUGGAAUCAUCUUCUUUCUUGUCAUGAAGAAAAUCCAUUUCAUCUGUUAAUUUGGGGUGGUGAUCAAAAUUAUCAUGAUUUUAUUUUUGAUGAUAUUCCAUUUCUUCAAGAUUGGACCAAUAUAGAAUGGAAUAAAAGAUGGACAUAUCAAUUUCCAGAUGAAUCAAAACACGAUGUUGAACAAUAUUAUUUUAAUAAUUAUUCUGAAAAUUGGGCACGUCGACCAGAAAUGAGAAAAGCAUUAGAAUCGAUUCCAAGUGUAAUGAUGUGGGAUGAUCAUGAUAUUUAUGAUGGUGCUGGAUCCUAUCCUCCAUUACUUCUCAAUAGUCCAAUCAUGAUGGGAUUAUUAGAAAUAGCACAAAAAAUGCGUCUUCUUUUUCAACAUCAUACUACACCUGAGAAAGCUCGAAAACAUCAAUUAUUCGGCUAUAAAGGUCAUAAUUAUCUUGCUCGAUGUGGUCCUAAUUUAGCACUUUUAGGUGCCGAUGGUCGUACUGAACGCAAUGAUAAAACAGUGCAACAUGAAAAAACGUGGGAUUUAAUCUUUGAAAAAUUGGAUAACGAUCUAAACAAUGUCAAACAUGUGAUCAUUGUAUUUGCUGUUCCAUUUUCAUUUGCACGUUUUACAUUAGCCGAAUCAUUUCUUGAAACAUGGAAAAAAAUAACUAUGGCAUGGGAAAGUAUGCCACUUCGUAACCAAACAAAUUCAGUUUUUGGUUUGCCUGAACUCUAUGAUGAUCUUCUGGAUGAAUGGACACAUGGAUCACAUAUUGAUGAACGAGAUCGUGCUCUUUCUCGUUUUCAAGAAAUUGCUCAUAAGAAUAAAAUAAGAAUAACAUUUUUCAGUGGUGAUGUUCAUUGCUGUGGUGUCAGUCGAUUUCAAACUCGAGGAAAAACUGAUCUAUCAGAUAUUAAUGAUUCCAAAUUAAUGUAUCAAAUAAUUUCAUCUGCUAUUGUUAAUAGACCACCACCAAGUAUAGUUAUUCGUGCUGCUCAUCUUUUCGCUACUACAUGGUACCCAAAUACUAAUACUGAAGAAGCACUUCUUGAUUUUUUUGAAGAAGCACCACAUGGAUCAAGAUUAUUUCUGCGAAAAUUGCUUCCAAAUCGAAAUUGGUGCUAUUUUGAACAGUGUACAACAAUGGAUUCGACUCCUCCUAAUAGAGUUAUGCAAACUGGCUUUCUCGGACGGUAUUUUUGGCCAUUCAUACAAUUUCUUCUAUUAUUGAUUGGUUUGACUUCGAUUGUCGAUUGGAUAGAUCAAAAACUCAUACCGACAGUAAUACAUAAAAAUCAACAAGAAUCAUCAUCGGCAUCAUCUCAUAUAGAUAGUGAAUUAGAACAAGAAGCAAAUAACUUAAAAAUUCAAUUUUGGUUAGAAAAUAGUGAGAAAAAGAAAACUGGACCACGAUUUGCAAGUUAUGAUCUAUUUGUUCCUAGUUUAAAAUGA